UUUAAAAAAUGAGCUGUGACUUGUCUCUCAGACGGUGGCUCAGCCUUCAGGACUCUCUUCCAGCAUGGCCGAAGAUGCCUGUUCACACAAGAUGGUAACAACAAAUCACAGGCGCAGUCGCACCAAAUUCACAGAAGAUCAAUUGAAAAUCCUCAUCAAUACCUUCAAUCAAAAGCCUUACCCAGGUUACGCUACCAAACAAAAACUUGCUUUAGAAAUCAAUACAGAAGAGUCCAGAAUCCAGAUUUGGUUUCAGAAUCGAAGAGCUAGGCAGAGAUUCCAGAAAAGACCAGAAGCUGACACUUUAGAGUCAAGCCAGAGCCAGGGGCAAGAUCAACCUGGUGUAGAGUUUCAAAGUAGAGAAGCCAGACGGUGUCGUACCACCUACAGCACCUCUCAAUUACACACUCUCAUCAAGGCGUUUGUGAAAAACCCAUACCCUGGGAUUGACUCCAGAGAAGAACUUGCUAAAGAAAUCGGUGUUCCAGAGUCAAGAGUCCAGAUUUGGUUCCAAAAUCGAAGAUCUAGAUUACUUCUCCAGAGAAAAAGGGAACCUGUGGCUUCCUUAGAACAAGAAGAGCAGGACAAGAUUCCUGAGGGACUGCAAGGUACAGAAGAUACACAAAAUGGCACCAACUUCAGUAAUGACUCUCGUUUCUCUGGAGCCAGAACGUGGUGAACAUAGUCAAGUUCAGUGUACUCGAUAUUAUCCAUUGGGCCCCAAAUCUCUCUCACACUCUUUCUGGGAGUCUGUCCUUCUGUUGAAACUGCGACCUAAGCCUUCUGAAGAUGGUGAAGGACUUGGCCCGAUGUGGUGGCUCACACUUGGAAUCCCAGUACUUUGGGAGGCCAAGGCAGGAAGAUUGCUUGAGCCCAGGAGUUUGAAACCGGCCUGGACAGCGUAUAGGAAGACUCUGUCUCUAUUAUUAAAAAAGAAACAAAAUAAAUGAAAAGGACUGUAGGAGGCAGAGACAGGUACAGGAGGUACCACACUACCCUGUCGACACAGCCUAGAUCCAGAGUUUAGCAGACCUUGAGACAAUGAAAAUAAACUUGGUAAUCAUCUUUUUUCAA